UUGUACCGAGUAAUGGUCAACGAUGAAGCGACAAGCAGUUCAAUAAAUGAUUUGACAACAGCUGUGGAUAAUUGCAGCAAUCAACAAACAGAAGGAAAUUUUAAUCGCCCGCUAAGAUGGUUUAAACUGGUUUGUGGAACUGCUUCAACUGCUGGUUUUAUUUAUGGGUUGAGAGUGGCUUGGAUUCAUUCAAAAUUAAAACCUGGAGAAUUGCCUAGAACAAAUUUACUUUCUGGGGCAGGUUUAGCAAUGCAAGCAUUUGGAUUGGCAUCGUUAAUUACUAUUUCGGGCUACAUAUCCUUCGUAGUACUAAUUUCUGAAGUUAUGGGUGUCAACACUUUAAAAGAAUUUGGUACAAAAACAAAAUUAAUGUUCGGUGAUCGAUUUAGAAUAUCAAAAGGAAAAGAGGAGAAUUAUGAAUCUUUAAGUGAUUUAUUCGAAAAAUUUCAAAAAUGA